AGUAAGUGACUUAUUAGCAGGUUGAACCGUUGAACGUCGAACCGUUGGCUGCCGUUGCUGCUGUUGAUCACGAUGGCGGGCGACUUACUGUCAGGGACAUCACCCCUGAUUCUUCCUCUCAUCUUAACUUGGAUAACGCCGGUGCUUGCUCACGAACAUCAUGGAGCAGAUUUAACAGAGGAAGAACUACACGCCCCAGUCGAUGCCAUUCUCUGGAUACAUAUCGCCCUCCAAGCUAUCGUCUGGGGUGUCAUAUUCCCCAUAGGUAUGGUACUUGGACUUAGCCGAAGUAGAUGGCAUGUUCCUGUACAAAGUCUCGCGUUCGUCCUAACUUUUGGCGGCAUAUUUCUCGGUCAUGCGCAUGGCGGUCGAAAGUUUCCUUCUUCUGUCCACUCACAACUUGGAUCAUGGUUUUUGGUCCCUAUCUUCGCCCAGCUAGGUCUCGGAAUCUAUCUCAAGCUUCAUAUCCAUGAACGUACUAUACGACCAUACGCUGUGCGCGCCCAUGGCAUCCUAGGGCGCAUAUGGCCCAUACUUGGUUGGGUUCAGGGCUUGUUUGGCGUCAUCACGUUGAGAGGGUUCUGUGGGGAGGUGGGAGCCGGACAAUGCGCUGCGCAUUAUAUCAUGGGAAGUGGAUUCAUCGGCUAUGGCAUCAUCAUGGCACUCCUACUUGUCGUCGGCGACGACUGGGUCCGCCGCAGCAGCCGCAGUCCUGAAUGGUGGGAUUCGUGGGUGAUCAUGCUUUGGGGCAUGGUCAAUACGUUUACUGAGCAUCAUGGCGGUGCGUGGAGUGUGAAAGAUAUGCAGCACACGGUUCUUGGUAUACUUUGGUGGGCAGGAGGCGCUCUUGGUAUCUUCCUGUCUCGGAAUAAUCAGCGAAAUGUGCUACCUGGCGUGAUCAUAAUAUUAACAGGAUGGGCUAUGUCAGACCAUACCCAAGCUUUGAUGCUGUCUACGAAGGUUCACGCUAUGUUUGGAUACUCGCUGAUGCUCGCCGGUUUGGCACGUAUCGUUGAGGUUUGUUUCAUAUCACAGCCGUCCUCACCGCAAUCGAAUACACCUCCACUGGAUGAUAAUGAUUCAGAGCACACGCUGGCACCUUCUGCGCCAAAGGACACCCGUGUUACUGCGAAAAUAAACGCUGACCGGACAUUCAGACACUUGCCACCGUUUUUGCUAGUUGCUUCUGGGUUGUUAUUUAUGUCCGCCACAGAUGAGGAGCUUGCCGCUGUUCAUGAGGCAGGAAUGGAUCACGUCACAUAUAUAUUGUCGAUGUACAGCAUUGCAUUCCUGUUGUACCUCCUCACUGUCUUCUUACUGCACCUGUACUCCACAUCCGGGCGGAAUGUGUCGUCUACGCAGCCCAACGUUGUUUUUUCUGCCGAGGGUAUUGAGCUGUCAGGCCCGGAUGAUGCGAGUAAGUGGUAUGCUCCAGUGCCGAGGGAGGAAGGUAGGUCGGCAGCAGCGCAUGUACUUGGAGAGGACGAGGAUGAUUAAUGGUCUGGAUACCAUGUCUGGUUGCGAAUGAAAUGUGUGCGGUGGUAUGCUUUUUGUGUGGAUAUGCACUUAGAUAUGCACUUGAAGUAUACUGUAUAAUUCCUGAAAUUUUCACUCUACCCACAAAGGCUGUUGCCAAGUGUGACAACCGUGUCCCUCUGGUUAGUGUUUGCGGGGGGCGGGCACACUCCGUGCCGAAGGUUUCCAUGAGAAUUCAUAUGUAUCUAGUAAUAUCAGCCUUCCACCUCCCUCUAGCCGAGACAAGCCGGGAGGUCGCAUGAACACCGGUAAAUGCCCCUAUUCGCUGACAGGUACACGCUGCGGACUGGUGCGGGAGCGCCUGGGAGCGUCCGGGUAUUUACAGCAAAUCCCAAGACAUUCAC